GUGGGCGUUGUAGUUUCCCUUCUUCUCCUCCCAGCGCGGUAUCUUAGAGACGGCCGUUGGCGGCUGGUUGCCGCGGUUUCUUGUCCCGCGAAGCCGGAAGCUGGAAGGCGGGCUCGUUUCGGGGCGGAGGGCAGGCUUGGCGUUGCCAGGGGCCGGGCCGUGGCGGGCGAGGAGCGCGUCCCGCUCGGCUGUGGGCGGCGGCGGAGGAGCCACCUGGCUGGAGGAGGCGGCGCGCAUCUUGCGCUCCCUGAGAAGCGGGGACGGCGGCAGCCUUGAAGGGGAAAGAGGCCGAGAGACGCUCACAAAAGCAGGAGGGUUGCCAACUGACCGGGAAGAGGAGCCGAGCGAGCUGCCUCGGCCUGUACGCCUUUGAGCGGCGUCUUGUUCUGCAGAAAUCAGCAGGUGAAGGAACGCCCCGUGUUCUCUUUGUUAAACGUGUUUUAUGCCUUUAUGCUUAUCUUCUGUAGGUUUCAUUUGUUUUAUAAAUAAAAUAAAAUAAGAAAUGCAUAUAUAAAGUUGCCCCUGACAAAAAACUGGUAAUCUUCGUUUUAAACAGUGCUUCACGUAAUGGUCAUUCUCUUUGAAAUGCAUAAGGAUAAUAAUGUUUUGGUAUUUUAAAUGCUUAGUUCCCCCUGCGAAAGCAUGGCCUCUUUAAGAAUUAAACCCAGAAAUGGUAUAUAUCAGGCCUUUUUUAUUUGAUGGGUUUUUUGUGUGCUGUGAACUACUGUAGUUUGUCGGUGCAUCUAUGCAAGGGCAUUUUUUGUUGGAUGCUAGUUUAAAAACAUUUUAUGUUGUGUGUUUCAGUAGUUUCUUGCAUGGGAGUGUUUAUUGGUGGGUGGCUUUAUAGAUGAUUAUUAUUAAGAAUAAUAUACAAUAAUCAACCAAAGCAGCAUUUAAAAAGCAACCCAGACAGAUAGAAUAUAAAGUAAAAAUAAUAACUCUGCAAUAUACAAUGCAAUUGUAACUGGUAUACACACAAUAGGUAUGUGCCACACCUGCUCAUGGCUGAAGCAGGCCAGUUCUCUGCUCUUAAAGGCAGGGACCUAUUCAAGAGUUAGCAACCUGAGAAGGAGGUUGUAGUUGGUGGUCCCUUUAUUUACUUGACAGGACAACUGGGGCAGAAUUUGCAUUAAGAACUGCUGGGAACUUUCAUUUCUGAGUUUUGCUGCUGUUUAUCAAUAUUACAGUUCUGUGUAAUUUUUCUAUUAUUGCUGUUUUUAACUUUGGUGUUUUUGGGGGAAAGGUUUCUUCCUGUUUCUACUGUAAGCUGCUUUAUAGUUCUUAUGGAAAAUGUGGGGUGUAAAUGUUAUCAACAUUUCCAUAAUUCAGUGGGUCUUGGACUGAGUUUGGAUGGUGUGGCUUGUGUGUGUAAGUACAUAAUAUGUGGAAGCAGGUUGAAAAGUUCCAUGAAACAGGGGGAAGUCUUCAGAGACCAAGAUGUAGGGUAGGUUGAGUACCUGCAUACAGGAUUCCCCCACUGAUUCAUUUUAGAUUUGUGCAUACUGCACAUGUCCCCUCUCAUCCCAAACUGUUUGCUUCGUUUACGUACGUGGUUUUUUUAAAGGAAGAAUUGAAGACAUCUUGUCCUGUUUCCCUCUUUCUAAUGCCAUUGUUUUCCUCUUUCUAACGCUAUUGUUGGCUUGGUGCCCCGUCCACAGAUCUUUGCAUGCGUGCAAGGAUCCCUGUGCUUUCAGCUGUGGAGCAGCGAUGGUGCUGAUUUGGGAGGGGCCUCAGAAGUUAGAAUAUAUUGAUAAAGGUGUGAGAGAGCUAGGUUUGAGGGAAGCUGUUUUAAUUCUAAUUGUGAGGGAUGGAGUCCUAUUAUUCGGUGGGAAAAUAAUGGUACUCAGCACAUGCUCAGAGUCAGUUCUCUGAAGUAUUACACUUGUUUAAAGCCUUGAUUGGAAAGACUGUAGAAGAUAGAAUGAUGCAAGGUGGCUACUCAUUGAGUAGCAGGAUCCUGCUUUUGGGCAAGGACUUCAGGUGAUAUCUAGUGUUAUUCAUACCUAUUGAAAUGGGCUUAAGUUCUUUAAAUCCAUUGAUUUCAAUUCUGCAAAGAGUUUGAUAUCACUUUAUAUUGUUGCUAAAUAUUCUGGCCACGCCUGCCCUUGUGGUGUGGGGGUUUGUUUUUUCCUUGACAAUUUGGUACCUUAUGGUGAAUAGGAGUUGGGCAUGGGGCUAGUACCAAAACUGCUUGAGCAGAGUCAGAAACAUCAAGCCCUGGGUGUUGAAUGCAGUUCUCCACACCUCUUGGAGUCUCCGCAGGCUACACUGCUCACUGUCCUUGCUCUGACUGGAAUGGGUCCUUGAACUCUGAUUAUGCCAGAGGGUGGGUGGAAGAGAGAGGGAGAGGUGUGUGGGUAUGUAUAGAAACUCACCAAAGGUAAAUUUCCCAUUAAUUACUCCACCCACUUUUGCCUUUGGCCCUGCCCACUAUCGCCAUGUGGCCCUUGGAAGGUUCCCCACUCCUGUUAGACCAGUUAAUUAUUUGCAGACUCAUUCAUGGCUUCUUAAUUAGAGCUGUACCUUUGGAAGGUAUCUUGUGAAGUGCACUUGGAAAGAUCCCAUACGUCUCUUGAUAUUUUUUAUCAAUAGUGUUUUAUUUAUAGUAAACAAUAGAACCAGCUUGCUCAGUGGGAAGGAUCCUAAUGAGUUUUUAUGUUUUGAUAUAGUUUUUUUUCCUGAUUUCAGUGUAUUUUGAUUAUUUAUGUAAACCACAGCCCCAGAGGCAGAAUAUAAGUAAUCAUAAUAAAUCAGUUGUGUGUUAAUUAGGAGAAAUGAUUAUCUUCAGUAAAUUGUUUGUUUCAAGAGUUCACUGUUGUUGAGAUGCUGUAAUAAUUGAAUGUUUAGCUGCCCAGUUGGUUAAAAGCAAUACAGUUGAUGACUUAAAAAAAACACUGCAAGGAGCUGACAGACAUAGUUUAAACUGGUCCUUUUUGAAGGGACUGUUGAGACCCAUCAAUUGCCUGAGCUAUCCUGGUGUGAACACUUGCACUGAAAUGCCAUCAUGACCAAUCUUGCUCAUAUAACCUAUGGUUACAGUGACGUAUGUGCAGAUGUGACCAUCACAAGUGACAGAAUUAAUGUGGAAAUUAGAAUAUGUGAAGCUGCUCCCGUUGAGUGUUCUUAGGAAAAUCGCUGUCUCACUGUUUGUUCACCCUAGUUUUCUCUCUGUAAAAUGGGAAUCAGAAUGACUUGGCUCAGAUUGGCACCGGGUGACAGCGAACAUGGGGCACAUUGCAGUGCACUUAUCAAGUUUUUAAAAAAUAUGAUAUAAUUGAAUCAGUGUGCUGCUUGAAGUAACAUAGGAAUUCUCUUCCUGCUCACUUCCAGAAAUCUUCUACUUAGGAUGUUGCCUGCCCUUUCUAAGAGAUGGCCUCCUAUUCAAGAACUCGAGCCCGUGGCGUACAAUAACAGGCACCCAUUAUUUCAUAGCAUUCUGGUUCCUUGGCACUCUGUAGGAGCAGCUGCAGUUCUAGAUUGUUGGCUGUCAUUGGAAUUUUCUCAUCCUCUAGUGACUUGGUAGAGACUCUCACUGCAGAGUCGUGCUGGUUAAGGGGGCAAAGAAGGCUGAUAGAGAAAGCUGACUUGCACCAGGUCACACAGUUUGUGCAUCUAUGCGUUACGGUUUACUCCAGUGGUGGGUCUCCAACAGAGGUCUUUCCCUUCUCCUGAUCUGGUCGUUCUUUAACUGGAGAUGAUGGACAUUGAACAGUGGGCCAUUCUGCAUGCAAGAGGUAUUCUGCCGCUGAGCUGUAGUCUCCCUCCAGUAUGAUACCUUUCAAGUGUGUUACACGGAUGGGUGACAAUCUUGCUUUCUCAACUGAAAAUACUUUAAAAGACACGUUUCACUUAAUUUUCACAACUAGAAAAAUCCAGCUACAUUGUGUAGCGUAUUGCAUAAUGCUUCCUGCAUACUGAUUAUCUUAGGGUGAUCAAAUUUUUUUUUUGGAUGAGGACACAUUUGGAAAUCCAAGAAACAUGGAUUUAGGCAUCACAAAAUACUUAUUUAGCAGAAGAAAAUUGGCGACAUGUGGGGUCCUAGGCACAAUCUGGAGAAAGGGAGAUAGAAAAAUUGUAGUGGCCAGAUGCCUGUGUGCAACUUUACACACAUUUCACAUUCAGCUAUGCACACUUGGCAAAAAAACCCAAAGAGGGGGCAGAAAGCGGGCGGGUGUCUGGGGAAAAAAAACCUUGGCAAUCCCACCCACCAUUUGAACCCAGUGUGUUUUGACUACACACGACUCUGUUGCAAGUUGAGAGUCACCUGUAUACUUAAUGUAUGGGAUAGGAAGAGUUUUAUUAGAGGGGAAGCUAGUUCCUGUAUGGAUUGAAGAAAGUUAGUCAGAGCUGUUCCACCAGGCCUUUGGCCAAGGCACAGUCUGACCCCCUCCUUUGGUAAUCCUCACAGAAUUCUAGCCCAAUGGUUGCCAUUAAUUUGAUUUUGAAUUGAUUUUAAAAUGAAUUGAUUUUAGAAUGCUGUUAUUUUUAUUGCUGUUAGCCGUUCUGAGUCCAGCUUCAGCUGGGGAGGGCGGGAUAUAAAUAAAAAAUUAUUAUUAUUAUUAUUAUUAGUCAUUCACAUUACCUGCAUAUAUGCAUGUAGAGCAGACAAAGUGACUUUAUGAAACCAUGCACAAGGUAAAAUCCAUAUGUGGUUGGCUUGGUACUUAAAAUUCCUUUCCUAAUCCCAUUGGAGUGUUGUCGAAUAGAGUGGUAGCAUGGAAGGCAUGGUUUCCUAUCCAGUGACCUGCCUCCCAGGAUAUUACAGAGCAUCUGUAUUGUGGAAUUGGGUUGCUUUUCUGAAACUUAUCUAUGCAUGCAUCCUGACUUUUGAUUAUUAUUACUAUUAUUACUAUUAUAAUUAGUAUUAGUAUUUUGAAUGACAGUAUUUCUCUUUGCAGCCCAGUUGGCUUAUAAAAUGGAGGAUUAUGAGCAGUUCUGCAAGAAGCAGCUCGCAAAGAUCCAAGGUGACCCACUGCAGAGAGAAGCCUCUCCAUCCGUUCAGCACAAAUAUAUUUCACUUAUUCAGUUCAGUGGCAUUCCUGUGCUUUCUCCACUGGUAAGAUGCCUUUUGCACCUCCAAACUCUUCGUAAUGAUGCAUAUUAAAAAGGAAACAAGUAAGCCUUAACCAUGUUGGUAAUAGGCAGGUUACCGUUCUGCCUAAAUUGUUUUGGGAGCAAACAUUUUGUUUUGUAUAUUGAAAUUAAGGAUGUUUACGCUAGAAAUACUUCACUGCAAGCGGACAUAACUAGUGGUGCAGUUAGGUGAUUUUGUACUGAGCCUAAUGAUCUUACUGGUGAGGGUGGAGGGAAACAGAGGGAGAACCUCUUUAGAUGGUAAUGUGUAUUGCUUCAUUUGCUUUAAUAUGCAGUAGGUCAGCGCUGCUCUGCUUGGUUAUGUCAGGGGUGGGGCUACUUCUCUAAAUGUGUACAUGUUUAUCUCCUCCCCCUCUUUCCCUGACUUCAUUUUGCAGCUUACUCUUGAGAAAAAAAAGGAGCUACAACAAGACAGACAGAAAGCGCUGGAUUUAGAACUCUGGCGCCAGAAUUCCAGGAAAAGAGCCUUGCUGACUCGUGUUCAGGAGAUUCUGGAAAAUGUGCAGGUGAGAUUGAGAAACCUUUCUGAAAAGGUAGUUACAGCAGUUGUCUGAGUGGUCUGAUUUGGAAGCAGAUAGAUUUUGUUUGCUGUUCCACACCACUGCAAUCGCCAUGGUUCCUUUUAUAUUGAAUAGCCCCGGUAAUAGUAACUAUAGUAAAUUAAGUUACAGUAAAUAAAGUGGCUUAUCAGUGUAGCGGUUAGAAAAUGCAGUUAAUUUCCAACUAAACGUGAUCUGGUUGUGCUGUUAGUACACUAUAAAUAUUGAAGACUGGUUAUUGUGGCUUGUAUGCAAGAGAGGCUGUGCAACUAAUGCUAUACUAGCUGGAUGCUGUGAAUGAGAUCUUCACAGUCCUUGACAGGCACAAUAAAAGAAUGUUUCGCCUUGUAGCAAAACUCUAUAGCCCUUGAAUUAGCUCACUUGCUAAAUGGAGCCUGUGUUCAACUUGUUCAGUUAAGUAAUAAUAGGGACCAAACAUGAGCUAUUCAUUUUCUUGCUAUGUUUAUUAUUGGGUGCAUGGCAACCAUUACCUAGCUUGGGAGUUGAAAGAUGUGGUAGGAGCAUGUGUUGAGGAUAAAAUACUAAUCAGUUAGCCUUCUUCUAAACACCCUGCAGUUAAUACAAGCCUUUUAAACUUCAUUCCGCAGCUUCCAGCCAACUAAUUGGCUUCAUGAAGGUUUCACCACAAUGCUCAUGUUGGCCUGUCAUUCAAAGCCAAAUGUACUCCUCAGCUUUUUAGCUUAGUGCAGCAUGGCAGCUAAGCCAAGGUUGACUUAGCAUCAUCCAAACACAGGAUUGUGGUUAAGGUCUCUCUUCCUUAACCACAGUCUAAAACUAAUACUUGUCCAAUAGAAACCAGUUGUGUUUAAGGAGGAGAUACCUUGACCACAACCCUGGUUUGGGGCAUGACUCUAAGCAAACUUUGGCUUAGUCAACAUUCCAUGCUGACCUGAAAAGGUCUGAACUCCUUUCCAUGAGCUGGCAUGUUCACAAUGAGCUUACAUCUGCCUUACUGCAAAGUGUGAAGCAGGCUAAGUUGACUGGUUUAACACAGGUUAUAACAAAAGAGGCAACUUAAGAACAUAAAUCCUGCUGGAUCAGGUCAAAGGCCAAUCCAGUCCAGCAACCUGUUAUCACAUUUACCAACCAGAUGCUCAUGGGAAUCCCACAAGCAGGAUCUGUGUAUGACAGUACUCUCCUCAUUUGUGAUUCCCAGCAACCGGUAUUCAAAGGCAUAAUUGCUACCUAGUCCAGGACCCUAACCAUGACACCAUAUUGGCUCUCUAAAAUUAGCGGAUAAAAGCUAGAUGCGUACACCUAGCACCUGUAUCUAGAUAUGCAAAUGCAUUUAUUCCUUUGUUUAUUCCUUUAUUUGCUAAGUGAGCAAGCCAGCUGAUCUGACUGUUGAGAUUCACUGGGCUGUUACAGAUGUGCUUAGAAGUCUUCUACGUAAUCAGUGAGAUUCUUUUCCUUUUACCAGCAGGCACAAAUGUCUUAAAAACUUGCUUCUGACAUUCUCUUUCGUUCUACAAUCCGUUUGAUGUGCUUUGUUCUUUGGAGUGGAAUGGUUUAAACUGUUCCAAAAACAUUAAAACCCCUUUGAGUGUGUGGAAUUGGGUGUAUGUGUUUUGGAUCCUGGCCUGUCUGCCUGCUCCAUACAUUUUUUGUACCUGUUCUAGUAACUUGUAUUCAUAUAACUUUUAACAUCUGAACAGCCUACAUCAUUCUUUUCCCUCCUUACAGAUGAAGCAAUCGUCCAUUAAAAGUGAUUUGGAUCAGCCUGAUACAGAGAAUGUUCCUUUGGAUUUAGAAUCCAAAGUGUUGAAUGGCUUUGUUAUGCAGUCAGACAGCAUUUUGCCAAGUCCUGUUGUUCUUAGUGAGCCUGCAGAACCUGAAACGGCACCAGAGGUUGAGCCAGCAGACUUACAUGUUGCAGCAAAUGGGAACUCUCCUGGAGUAACUGAGGAGUUUAUCCCUCAUAAACCAAAGGACAUUUGCUCUAGCCCCUCUGAAAACCCAUCUUCCCCUGAAGGUUUAUUUUCCAAUCCAAUAAACCUCUCGUCUUCAAGCGAUACUGUAAAGAAAGGAGGCAUUGAGACGGUGUCCCCUGAUGCAGAAGGCCCAGAUCCUUACGUCAUGAGUCUGCAGAACCUCCUGAAAAAAUCCAAAGAGUACAUACAGAGAGAACAGACCAGGCGUAGCAUGCGAAAUAGUUCAAAAAGAAGUGGUGGUGAAAGCCAUUCAGACAAAGAAAAUGAUGCUGUGAAAAUGAGUGACUCAGCGAAAGAGAGGGGCAAGUUGAUGGGCAGAAGUUGUAUGGUCCCAUCAAAUAUGACUAAAUCCAAUACUUCUUUGCAAAGUACCUCAGUCCCCAAAAGUAGUAUGGGUGUGGUAGCAUCGCCCAGUUUUUCCAAAGUGGAUAUACCAAUGAGAUCUGGCACGCCUCCUGUUUUGGAUUCGGAUUCAGAUGAAGACAUCAAAACCACCUUUUUCUUUGAACGUGACAGUAGCAUUCUCAGAAGCUUCACAGGUUCUUACUCAAAACUACCCAGUCCAGAGCCAAGUGUGAGCCCCAAAAUGCACAGAAGACGCCCAAGGCCUUCUUCAAUGGGGCACAUUGUCAUUAGCAACCCAAUAAACGCUUAUGAAUUAAGCCCUAAAGAAAAGGGAAGAGCUGUGGACUUGAUCACGCAGGACGCUGGUGACCGGCAAAUUGCUUCCGAUCCUAUGCCAAAACUGACUCCAGAUUUUACUCUUGCUUGCCCCGGCAAAAUGCACACUUUUCACAGGAGCUCUUCGGACAUCUGCGAUGAAUUGAUGGUUGGCAAACGAAAUCAAGUGUGCCAGGUUUCUGUUGCUCAACGAGAGAACAAAAGGUUCUCGAUCGGUGCCACGGUAGAAGGAGAGUCUGUAUUAGAUGGAACAAGGGCAUCGGGUACUUGCCUUUCACAUCCAAGUCCACAGGAAGUUCAUGUGGUCAGUUGUCCCAUUACAGCGCAAAACACAACAAAUGUCAACGUAAACAAGCAAAUCGGCCUGUUGGAGAAAGCCAAAUGUGGCGUGCCCACAGAACUCAAUAAAUCUUACGAUGUCGAAAAGCCAUCUCCCUUACUGAUGCAAACGCAGCAUAGGCAUCAGAUGGAUACCCCAAAUCUUUCUCCCGGAAAUGAGCAGACUUCAGAGAGCGGGAUUGAAAAGGUGAAACGUAGGCUUGAGCUGGACGCAGAGAGCAUGCAGAAGGAAAACAUGCCUUUCGUUGCGACAGCAGAGAGCAGCGCACGAGAGCGACGGCUGCAUGAUCAAAGGUGUCCUGAGGGAUCUGUGUCUGGUGCCAAGAGCGAAACAUCAGAAAGGAGUGCCAUUGGUGAGAGAAUGCCCUCUGUAGCAAGCCUUGGUUGGUUUGACUCAGAUUUGUCCAGAGGGUACUUUUUAUUGGCCCACUUGGGUUUGUAGGUUAGGAGCAGUUCCAGGGUUAGAAGGCCCACAGCAAAGUGCUGUCUGGUGGACCCCAUCCAGUGUCGGCAGCCCCACCCCCAAGCUGCAAGUUUCCCUGGUGGUAGCAUCAAACAUUUGAGAAGCUGCCAUUUUAAUUCUUACACAAGGCCCUGGAGGGAUGCUAUGUCAGGCACUCCAGGGCAUUGCGAGAAACUUAAAAUGGCAGCUCAUAGCUGCUUGGUGUGGCAGGGUGCCUAGAGAAAGUGUUGGCACUAGGGGGACCCUUCUAGAACUCUAGCAGUUGUGUGAGUGUGUUGAUGCCUGGCCUGUCUGUAGACUUGCAAGCUUUUCACCUUGAUCCAAAACUGUUAUGUGACAGCAAGUCCCAUAGGUUUCAGUUGGGCUUCACUUCAAAGUCAGUAGGUUUUGGAUUGCAGCUUUUGAGUAGCAACAAACACUUCAGGGAGGAUUUUUCUGAAAGCUAAUCGGAGCAGCCAAAGCUGGCUUUAAUCAGACCAUCUCUAAUACCUACAGGAUUACUAUUUUUUUAAUGAAAAGCCUUAGGAGAAACCAGUUAACAGUCACUUCAACAAUUGCAAGGGGGCUUUCUUUUGCUAUGCCAUAAAUGUUGAAACCUCAGUUUUUCCAAUGAUUUAAAAAUCUAUAAAUAAGAAUUGGGUCCCAUGUUGAUUAUUUUAGGAGUACUAAGGGGCUUAGGCCCAUAAAAGGGUAGAAAUGUGGGGGAAAUGCUGAUUGCUGUAUGACUCUUAAUCACAAUAUAUUGGCAGAAACAAGCAGCAUCCAUAAAAGGAUGGGAACAAACAACCUGGUGUAGGUUGUUAACGUAUAACGUUUCUCAUUAUUAAUGUAUAAAAUUUCUCAUUAUAGAAGCAUACGAAGGCCUAGGAUCCGUACAAAAAGGCAAACUCACAUGAGGGGAUGGUCAGAAUUGGUUCUAAAAAGGGUUUUGAAGACACUUUUGUGUGAUGCAAGAAGCCAGGUUUCCUUUUCAAUCAAUCUUAACAGUCGCUCUCUGUAUGUUUUCCCUUUUUAGGAGAGGAAGCUCUAAAACAGAAAAUGCUGGCCUUUGAAGAACUGCGGAAGAGACUUGAAGAACAGCAUGCUCAGCAACUCUCAUUAUUGAUAGCUGAGCAAGAAAGAGAACAAGAAAGGCUGCAGAAGGUGAGCAGCCAAGAUAAAAUAUCUUAAGUGGAGACCUUUGACUCUGGUCUGUACAAGCUGAUGGUGUUUCUGUCUCUUGGUACUGCGUCCAAAGUAGCCACAAAUCUAAACUGGGUGGGAAAAAAACUCAUCUUCAUCUUGGUUCCGAACGAAAGUUAAGCAUGUGCAUUAGCCUCCAGGUAGAGCAACUCUCUCCAUUAUUAAAACACUGCAAAAUAAACACCAGGUCAUGUCGGUGGGCUAUUUUAAUACUGAGAUGGAAAGGGCUUCCCAGGAGGCUGUGGCAUAACUAAUGUAUGCUUUCAGAGUUGUGUCCAAAAGGCAAUAAAAGCUGUUGGGAAUCGUUCCAUGAGCAGGAGGCAGACAGUCGCUACACUCAGUGUGUGUCUGCCGCCAAACACAUUUGCGUUAGCAAAUGGAGAGACUUCAGGCAGUCAGGAACAAGGAAGGGAUGAGUUGGGUUGGGUCUGCAGCAGCAGAAGCUCACAUGGGCUGGGAUAUUGUCUGCUUGUGGUGCUGAAGUUAAGAUUCCAGGAUGAAAGACUCUCUACAUACUGUAUGUAAGCCGCACUGUGCUUAUCUGAGAAGGUGUGUGUGUGUUUAGGUAUGAAAAUAAAUAGAGCACUUGACAAGUUCUUGUGCACCCUAAGAGGUCCUAUUAGAAUCCUUAAAAUUUUGGUGGUGGAGAAGUGAGGAAGCACUUAAGACUGAAGAUGCAGGACCUGAGUACAACAGCAUGGUCUCUGCUCUGAAUACCCAUUAAUUGCUAUUCAGAGGUAAACGGACCCUGUAGUUUGAACACGGCUAGCAGCCAUUCCUUUUUUCUGCCUGAUCAUACCAUGGAUUCCUUAUUGUGAUGCCCAAAAGCUAUUUGUAGGCUCCUUCCAAAUUUGCCCAUUUUGUGGGGGGAAUUAACUCUGGGACCUACAGGGCCCCCUGUCCAUUUUUAAUCCCACUCACUGAUCCUGAUAACAAUGAACGAUAUAUUUUAAAACUGCAAAUAGUAUAGAAUAGCCAAUUGAAAAGUCUUUUGGAUGGCAGCCUUGAAGAUUUGCAUUUCUGGCUGUGCCUGCUGUUGUGCUUCAUCUGUGCUCACUUUCACAUGCGGCCCCCUGAUAGUUGAUUUUUUAAGACAGACUUUAGGGUCUACAUAAAGGCUGCCAAGAAAGCAGCCAAGCAGAGUUUGCAGAGGAGGAGGUUCCACAAGUGUAGGGUCACCGUUGCAUGUAGACAGACCAACUGAUUGGCGGCCAUUUGGGGUAUUGUUUGUGAAGGUUUUAAUAGAGGCAUUUCCAUUUUGUUGUUGUUGUAACCCAAUCCAUUUUUUCCAUCCUUCAGGAGAUAGAAGAACAGGAAUGGAGACUUAAAGGGGAGAAUAAUGCAAUUGCUGAAACGGACAUUCCCCAAAUUGCUAUUGGCAGUGGGAAGGAUUUUGAGUGGAGAAGGAUCAGUGACACUCGUUUGUUGGAAUCUGUGCUGACUCGAGUGGAAACCAUCCACAGCACAAGCUCAGAGAGUGCUGGUAAAAAUGGAAAGCGUAUUGAUUUUCAUAUGCAACCUGAUUUUAAAUAAUCCAUGAAGAACUUGCUCUUUAGAUCAGCCUUAAUUUUUAAUGGAAUUUUAUGUGCUGGCUACAUGGAGAAUAUAGGAGCAAAAAGUAAAUCUUUCCUUCUCUCCCUUGCUUCCCCCCACCCCACCCCAAAAAUGAAUGAGUAUGAAAAACAUGGGCAUUUCUUCUGGACAUUCAUUUGCUUAAUCAUGAUUUAAACUUUUUAAAUGCAGGUUUUGCCAAUACCACUAUGCCUGGUUCGACCGCUGAAUCUCCAUUCUACCUUUGGGAACCACCAGCAAGUGGAAAAUCAGUUUUAACAACCAGGUCCAUUAACAGGAGUAAAAUGAGAUGGUCUCAGGUGGGGAACUCAUUAUUUACAGGAGUACAUAGUAAAGCUUUGAUGAAAAAGCUUUUAUUUGAAUUUUGCUAAUAUUCUCUGUAUUUUUUAAAUUCAGUGUUAAUUGCUUCCUCCUCCUCCACCCCUUUCAAUAUGCCAUUUCUAUUAAAUGUAAAUACAGACUGCAUGGGUUAUAUCCAGUCUUAGUCCUACUCAGAGUAGACUCAUUGAAACUAAUGGUCAUGACUGAUUUAGAUCUAUUAUUUUCAGUAGCUCUACUCUGAAUAAAGGUUAGUUCAGUCCAGCCUUUUGACUCCACAUUUGGCAAAGAGAGCAACAGAAUGUGAUAAAUCUUGGACAGUGUUUGAACUCCACUCUGCUAAUUUUGUUAAAGGCGAUGCCAUUUUAUGGAAUAGUAAGCGUACAAUUGUAGAAAUAGUUUCAUUGCUUUUAGUUCACUGAGUUCACUUGAAAUUUUAUGUUAUUGUACAUGGCUUCAGUCACUUUCGAUUGUGAAGCAGUUAAUAAAAGUGCAAAUUACAAAAACGGAUAAAUGUAAAAUGAACUUAAGAGUCAUGCUGGCUCAGAACGAAGGCCAGUCUAGUCCAAUGUUCUGUUCACAGUGGCCAGUCAGAUACUUACUAGAAGCUGCAAGCAGGACGAGCACAAAUUCUCUCUCCCUAGUCACAUUCCCAAGCAACUGGUAUUUGGAGACACCUGAAUACUGGAGACAAAACAGAGCUUUCACUUCCAGCAGCCAUUGAUGGCCUUACCCUCCAUCAAUUUAAUCUAAUACCAAUCAAGUUGGUGGCCUUCACUACAUCUUGUAGCCAAUUCCAUAGCUUUAACAAUGCACUCUGUGAAGAAGUACUUCCUGUCCUGAAUCAUCCAACAUUCAGCCUUGUUGGAUGACCCCUGGCUCAACCUGGAUGCUACGCAAGAGGGAGAAUACCUUCUCUUCUUCCUUGCCAUUCAUAAAUGUGUGUGAUAUGUAGGGGGGAGCAUAUCAACUCCUGAUUACAUGGUACCAUCUUACUCUUUCUCUUUAAGGUAUACAGCCCUGAGAUGAAAAGAAAAUUGAACAAGAUCUCUGCUCUGGCAAAAGGAUUUCUAACUCGCAGGCUCUUGCAAACAGAGAAGCUGAAGCAGCUUAGGCAAACUGUGAAAGUAAGGAGCCAUCUGCAGUCCGCCCUUAUGUGUAAUCAACACUGUGCAUGUGGUUUUCUUUUUAUCUGCAACAGCCAUUUUACAAAUUAGAGAUUCCUUUCUGAAACUGGAGCCGCUGCUGCUUCCCUCUUCUGUUUUGCCCAGCUGUUCUUUAUAUCCCCCACCCCGCAUGUCAAGCCCUCCUGUCUUUUCUCCUCCCCCAGCUCCUUCUCCAGUUCUCAACCAACACACAUACUACCCAGCAGUCUUCUGUGAGUCUUAAUCCCCACUUCUGGAAGGCUGCAGGUUUUUCGACCACUGUCCCCUCCAUCACACAACACCAGAACGAGAGUCUCUGGGAAUCAAGGCAGCUUUUUAAACAAAUCGUAGUUUUACUUGUGAAGUGCACUUGAACAGCUGGAGGGUUACUGGCAGAUUUCGAUAAUAUGACCAUGUAUUUAGUAUAGGUUAAUAAAAGAAAAGCUGCAGAAUAUAGAGCUGUGUGCACAAGAUCAGGAGGCCUUGAACAGAACAAUUUCAAUAAACCAGGGAUGGGGAACCUGUGACCUCUCAGAUGUUCUUGAACAGCCUCGGCCAGCGUGACCAGUGAUAAAAAAUGAUAGUAGUUGUACUGCCAACAAUAUCUGGAGAGCCAUAAGGUCCUCCAUCUGUGCAUUAAGCCUGGGGUGGAGUAAUUUCAGCUGAUGCAAUAGAUCUUCUCCUACAUCUCGUAGCCCUGUAACCUCUUCCCUCCAAUCUGCUGGUGAUUUGCUUUUUAAUUCAAUAGGAAAUGAAUUCCCCCCCCCCCCAAUUGCUGAGCCAGACAUGUGUGGGUUUUUCUUAGGACACAAUGGAAUUCAUUAGAAACUUCCAGUCAGAAGCUCCGUUAAAGAGAGGAAGUGUUUCAGCUCAAGAUGCUAACCUGCAGGAGAGAGUGGCCGCUCAGGUGAUGUAUAGUCUGAAAUGCACACCUUUAUGAGUUUAUGCUAGUGCAAUUUAUAUUAUUUUACUGUAUGUUUGGCCUGCUUUUCAGAUAGUUAUUGUCUUCCAAGGCAGAUCACAUACUUUUCUUGAAGAGUAAGAAGACAGGCCCUGCCCAUCAGGUUUACAAGGAAAAAGUGAUGAGACACAAGGAAACUGGGUAGGGGGAGAUCAGGUCUUCAAGGCCAGAACUUGCUGGUGAGCUAUAAGCAGUUUGGCCCUGCUCACCUGUCCUUGCUGGUGUUCUUACUUCAUUAUCUACUGGUGGCUUUUCUUCCUUUGGCUGAUACCGGAUUGUCCUCUCCCUUUGAUUCUGCAGUCCCAGGACAGAUACCCAUAGGAAUCAAGUGUCCUUUCAGGCAGGCAGAGGGGACACAUGCCUUGUAACUACCUUUUCUCUGUCAGACAUUGAAUUUGAAUGUUGACUUCUACAUUGGGUCAACAUAUGUCAUGGGGCAGGAGGAGCUGAAGCCUCUUGGUGCAAUAAAAGAAAAGAGGUUUAUUGGGCCUAAUGUGUUUCAAUUUUGAUUAGACCCUUCAUGAGGGCAUUAUAAAAGAAAACACUGUUCUCAAAAUUCUCUUUUACAAAGUGUUUACUGUGUAAUUACCUGAAACCUGUUGGGCCUAAUGAAUCACUUUUGUGCAUUUUGAGGGUUUUUCUUCUGUUUCCUGCAUUAAUGCCUCCUCUCUCUUUCCCCCCUUCCAUAUUCAUCAUGCCAAGACACAGUUUAGAACUCUUAACAGUGGUUUGAGCUUCCAAACAUGCAAGAGCCAAUUCAUGGUUUGGAGCUGCUUGGCAUUCCUGUGGCCCCCAGAGGUGUUGGAUCAUAAUUGUGGUUUGUCGGUUCAGAUGUCUCUACAAACCAUGACCAGUGCAAACCAUGGUUUGCAAAAACCACUUCAAACCAUGUUUCACUAAAUUUGCUUUCUUGACUUACUGCAAACAAUGGUUUGUGAAUUCUGACAUAAUGCCAAACUGUAGUUGAGCAUCUUUCAACUAUGAUUUGAGAAGAUGUCUAAAUUAAACCUCUGCUGUAGUGAUAUGGAUGUUCUGACAUUUCAGAGAAUUCUUCCUUUGGCAAAUUAUCUCAUCCCUUCUGUAUAUUCUAGUCCUGAAUGGCUUCUCAAGAGAGGCACAAGAUUGUCUCUCCAUCUUGUGCUCAGCUUAGUAUCAAUGCUUGGCCUUUGGUGGUCCACAGAGUGACAUGAUUUCUGUUGGACUACUGUUAGCUCUGUCUCAGUUUCUCCAGAUGCUACACACCCUGAGUCAUUUGAGAUCCUGUCUGUAUGGGAUCUAGUUGUUCCGCAGAAAUAACUAAAUGGCACACCUUAAAAUAUUUACUUGCCUUUUAUUUUAUUAUUUAGUUAUUUAUUACCUUUUAUAUACCCCCCUCAAGCUCAGAUGUGGUGUACAUGGUUCUCCCCUCCCCAUUUUAUUUUCACAACAACCCUGUGAGGUAGGUUGAGAGACAGUGAGUAGCCCAGGAUUAUCAAGUGAGUGUCAUGGUUGGGUGGGAAUUCAAACCCUGGUCUCCCAGCUCACAGUAUAACUCUAUUACACCACACUGGCUUUCAUUGCCAUUGCAUUUCAUAGAUGUUUCUUCUCUCCCACAGUUGCGAGCAGCUUUGUAUGACAUUCAUGAUAUCUUCUUCAAAAUGGAAGUGUCUGAGAGAAUGAGUAUCCUGAGUCAUGAUCGAGAGGUUCGCAAAGAAAAAAUGCUCCGGCAACUGGUGUGUUGCAGCACUGCUUAAUUUAAGAAUAUGUUUAACUAGUUUUUGCACUAAUACAUUUCCCCCCCUCUUGUGACCCUGAAUUGCUCAUAUUACUGGUUGCUUUCAGGUGAAAAUUGUUGGUCAAGAGAUGUGUGCAUGACAGAGACCUCUUUAUUUCCCCUUUCUUCCAGGGAGCUCAGGUUGGUGCUUUGGGAGCAAAGCAGCAAAUCACAACACAUCUGAUAAAAUGCUAUUCAACCAAGAUUUUAUUACUACUUUUUUUUUGAGCCUUUGUACCCUGCUUUUCAGCCAAAAAGGCUUACAUGCAACCAAAACAAGACAGCCUUUAUUUAGGCUUACAGUCUAAAUAAAUCAUCAUCAUCAUAAAUACAGUCUUUAAAAAAAUACAGUGGUGCCUCGCAAGACGAAAAGAAUCUGUUCCGCGAGUCUUGCGGUUUUUUCGUCUUGCGAAGCAAGUCCAUUAGCGGUUUAGCGGAUUAGUGCUAUUAGCGGGCUUAGCGGAUCAGCUGAUAAGCGGCUUAGCGGAUCAGCUGAUAAGCGGCUUAGCGGCUUAACGGAUCAGCUGUUAAGCGGCUUAGCGAUCAGCUGUUAAGCGGCUUAGCGGAUCAGCUGAUAAGUGGCUUAGCGGCUUGGGAAAAAGGGGGGGGGACCCCGCAGGAACUCGCAAGACAUUUUCAUCUUGCGAAGCAAGCCCAUAGGAAAUUCGUUUUGCGAAGCACCUCCAAAACGGAAAACCCUUUCGUCUAGUGGGUUUUCCGUCUUGCGAGGCAUUCGUCUUGCGGGGCACCACUGUAGUCUAAAAAAGCACAACACACGAGGAAAAGGGGACCAGGAGGGAAGAGGAAAAUCAAAACUCGGCACCAAUUUCUAAGCAGCUGUGUUCCUUUAAUGACUAGCUAGUAUAAUUGAGGGACAGGAGGUGCCCAAUGGAGCUGCAGCUCCAGCAAAGUUGAUGAAAUGAGCCUUGCUUCCUAUCUCUUCCACUGAAGCACUCUGAUGAGAGUUGAGGGAGACGAGGCCUGACGUUAAAGCAGAACAGAAGGGGCAAGCUCUACUUCUCAGUUCUCCCAGUGCUGGAAAGCUUAGGAGAAUCAUUGGCCCUCAUGGUCUAGUUUUCAAUGCAGAGCUUUUAUUUACUUAUUUAUUUAGGGAGGAUCAUUCCAUCAGGUGUGCCCCCACCGGCAGUGUGAAGGGGUGGAAGCCUAGAUGAGAAAUAAUCUGACGGCCCUGCGUGGGGGCGGUAAUAUUCCCACUGUUCUCUAGGCUGCCACAAACACUCCUUUUCUCCCAGGCCUUUGGCUGAUUAAACAGUUUAUGGCCUUUUAAACUGUGUUGGGGAGUAUUGUUUUUGUUUGUUGCUACGUUAUAUAUUUUUGAGUUUUUAUAUUGUAAACCGCCUGGUGAUCCUCAGGUGGAGUAUAGAAAUUUAACAAAUAAAAGAGAUAAAUAAAUAAAAACACGUAGGGAACAAUUCUCCCCAAUAGCAAAGCUAAGCUGGUCAUUGGUUACAAGGCUGUAGGGAAAAUGGGCCACUAAUAAACAAGGGGGCAGUAUCUACAUCCCUGAGGAAAACCCAAAACCCAAGUUUGCAGAAAUCCAAAAAGCAUUUAGAGAGAGAAACCUGAAAGGACAGUCAAGUCUCCCAGCAACAGAUAAAUGAUUAUAUACCAUGUAGGGCAGAACCCGUUUUAAAUUCAGUUUGGUCCCCCCUGAAAUCCUCUGGGAACAUUAAGCUAGCAUAAAAAAGUAAUAUGUGAAUGUAAGAACUGGAUUUCUUUGGAGAUUCAAUUACUAAAAAUGUGUGGAACUGGGGGGAAACCUCAAGCACCAUUUUAAGUGUCUUUAUGCAGGAUAAAGUCCCAUUAUGUGUACUGCAGCCUUUAGAACAUUAUGUGUACCAAUUAUGCUUUGGUCUGAAUCUAGGUUUUAUUAGUAGUAAUACUAAUAUCUAAAAUUGUCCUGCUUAGGAUAAAGCAAAGGGCCCAAGAGAGAGAGCAACACUUUCUACAGCUACACAGAAGUCUCUGGACAGGAAGAAAUAUAUGAAGUAUGUGGGGAAACGGUAAAGGAAGCAUAUACUGGUGUAUUUAGAUGUGCAUGGCUAGAUGUGUGGGCAGAAUAGCCUGUUGCAUGUUAAGUCGUCUGUGAUUCUUGUGAAAGGGAAGGAAACAAGUUAAGUUUCUGUUCUAACAUUUUCCUGCCUCAUACUUCUUUAGUGAUGUAUCAUGAUCGGCAUAAACUUAGGAAUCGGAACUCUUGUUGACGGAUUACCUUAAUUCAGGAUGCCCCUCCAUAUAAAAUAGCGAGAACAUUUGCCAGAUCCUUUCUUCGGGGUGUAUCCAGCUAAGUUCUGCUCAGAGUAGACGCAUUGAAAUUGAUCCAAGGUACAGUUGUACCUUGGUACUAGAACGCCUUGGUACGGGUACGUUUUGGCUCCUGAACGCCACAAACCCAAAAGUAAGUGUUCCGGUUUCAAACGUUCUUUGGAAGCCGAACGUCCAAUACGGCUUUCGAUUGAGUGCAGGAAGCUUCUGCAGCCAAUCGGAAGCUGUGCCUUGGUUUUCGAACGUCGAAUGGACUUCCAGAACGGAUUCUGUUCAAGAACCAAUGUACGACUGUACUCACAUCCAUUUACUUUACUGGGUCUUAUAGUUCAUAUAAAUAAGAAUCUAGAUUUUUGUUGUUGUAGCCAAGUUGCACACCCCUCCUGCUUUCCCCCAGUUUAUUCUGGUCUACUAAGCAAGUGGGUUGCUGCAGGUAUUUGCACAUCUCUAUAGAGUAGGCCCUUAUCUUUCUCCUACUUUGCACCCCUCCUCUUGCCCUUUGCCCGCUUUCCUUUGCCCUUUCCAUACAUUCUGCCCUGCAGCAUGGUUAGAUGUCAGUUACUACAGAGGGAUUGAAGCCAGACUGUCUGGCUUCUGGAUCACUACGUUAGGAAAUACAGUGAGGAAGAGACUAUCAGGAAGCAAAUUACAUGCAAGUUCUCUACAGAACUGGUAGCAAAACAUCUGUGAGCAUAUUGGAUAUGCUUUCUUCUUCCAAGGUGAUUAGGCUGCACUCAGAGAAUGUUUGUUCUCUGCUAACCAUACUCAGCCAUUUCCCUGUGAUCCUUGGAACACAUUUUUCCUCCCUGGCACAAUUUCCCCCCUUAGCCUAGAGUGGAUGAGUUUUGCACCAAAAUUAACCAUGACCAAGACUAAUCAGUGUGUCUCUUGAGCAACCCACUCAAAACAGGGUUUAAAUAAUGGUUAUAAGUUCCAACCCUGGUUAGUCUUCACUAUGAUUAAGGUUGUUACCAGCAUUGUGUCUUGAUCCCAGCAAGACCAUGGAUCCUUGCUACGUACACUAAAUGCUUGGAGCAACUUCCUGUUCAGUGCUCAGUAUUACUGUACUCCCUUGUAGAAAAGGAAUGGGGAACCUUCUUGGCCCGUGGGCCAAAUAUUUAUGUCCUCACCCUCAUAGGCUGAUUUUGACAGGUGAGGGAUGAACACCUUUCAAAGCGCAGUGCUUCACAAACACCUGGCAAUCAGCGCUUGGGAAGUCAGGCUCUUGGAAAGUGCUGUGCAAGAGGCUUUGCAGGCAUUCUAGCAAUGGGCAGGGACUGCAAAGCCCCUUUCACCCAAGCCCCAUCUUUCCUUGCCCCACACAAGUGGGACAGUGGCUGUAGAGCCAAAGGAAGAGGCCUCAUAGGCUUGCAGGCUGUAGGUUUCCCUUUUCUUUGGUAGAACAUUCAAAUUUCUGACUUUCUCUGUUUAGGUACCUGUGGGAAAUAAAACCAAAUAUUUACUUGAUUCCCCCCCACCAUCCCAGUAGCUCUUUUGCAUAUAUCUGUGUAUUUUAUUUUUCUGUAGGCCUUCCGAAAUGGGAAUGCCAAAUAAAAAAACAAUUUUGAAACAGAAGACGCCAGAAAACAGGUUUGUAAAAAUAGUAUUUUUUUGAACCCCCCUCCCCCCGUGCAGUAUAUAAUUGUUAUUUUAUUUUUCCCCUCAUGACCUUUGCUGCUCUCUAGGAAUAUAGUUUGUCUGAUUGUAAGAUUCUAAUGAUAAGUCUUCCUUUACAGAGUUCUUCAGCCAAACCAGGGUCAAAAUGCUCCUGUUCAAAGACUCCUUUACAGACAAGGGUAAGAGCACACUUACUUUCUGUAGCUGAAAUGCUUUUUAUUUGUUUGUUUAUUGCAUUUACGAGUCACUUUCCAUGAAACACCCCGAAAAGAUUUAACAAUUAAAAAGCAACAAUAAAGAAUUGUUUUCUGCACUUUUGCACUUGUUUCUCAAACAGUACCUAACCAUCGUUUGGCUACAGCUCAGUGUGUGUCUAGAGGAGAUGACUUGGGUUUCCAAAAGCCAUGUGUGAUGUGAUAUUUUUCAAGGAUGAAAGAGUAUUUUAAAAUAUUAUUAUUAUUAUUAUUAAUAAUAAUAAUAAUAAUAAUGGUGUAUGUGGUACAUAUUGCGGGGGAAGGAUCCAGGCUAAAAUCGACUCUGAGGAGUGUUGCUUACGAUUGCCUGAAAGAAAAAUGGAUACACUCCCCAAAUGGGUUAGAUGGUGCCUAUUUUAUUGGACUAGCUGGAAUUAGAGUAAUAAGCAGAACACUUCUUCCUGAAUAAGUUGUAGAGUCGUACCUUGGAUCCCAAAUGCCUUGGUACUUGGACGUUUUGGCUCCCAAACGCCGCAAACCCAGAAGUGAGUGUUUUGGUUUGCGAACGUUCUUUAGAACCCGAACGCCUGAUGGGGUUUCCGCAGCUUCCGAUUGGCUGCAGGAGCUUCCUGCAGCCAAUCAGAAGCCAUGUUUUGGUUUCUGAAUGUUUUGGAAGUCAAAUGGACUUCUGGAACGGAUUCCGUUUGACUUCCAAGGUAUGACUGUAUUUGCAGUUUGAAAGCUUAGCCCUAAUACCAGAUUGGUUUAAUAAAAGGUGGGAUCAAACUUGUUUGGGGACAUCAGAACUUUAUUCUGAUAUCUUUUGAGAUCUGUGAAAAACCGUUAGCACCAGUGCAAAGAUGUAGUGCUAAUAAGGCACCUGAACCUUCCAGCUUUCAUUGUAGUAUCUAGCCAUGUGGGUUCAUCUUGUCUCCCAUUUGCAAUCUUAUAGCUCCCUGCAAUGUAAUUUUGGUUCAGUUACAUUUUUCUUCCUUUGAUCAAAAUACGUUUUGUUUAUAAAGAUCAUGUGGGCACUUUUAAAAAUGAGUAAAAAUGAUUUUUAAAACCAUGGUUUGGCACUGACAUGAGCAAAGCCUCGUGCUUGCAUGUUCCCUCCUCCCCUCCCUUCUCUUUCAUGCUUUAUUUUUAGUCAGCUACUUCCACUUCAGCUAGAAACCGCAGUUUAUAUCCAAACCACAAAACCGGCUCUUACAAAGCUGGAUUGCAAGCUAGGAUCAACCUAUAGUUUGUAGUCCUGGGUUAGAAGGAUCACACAGACUAUAAUUUGCUGGACUAUUGUUCUGUCAAGCUCCAUUUUGGAUCACACAGACCAUAAUUUGCUGGACUAUUGUUCUGUCAAGCUCCAUUUUGGAUCACGCAGACUAUAAUUUGCUGGACUAUUGUUCUGUCAAGCUCCAUUUUGUCUAUACUGAUAAGGAGCACUUUCCAGGGGUUUCAGAUGGGAGUCUGCAGAUGCCAGUGAUUGAACCUGGAACCUGCUGCACACAAAACAGGUUAUUUAGCACUGAGCUGCUAACUGUCGCUUCCCCUCCAACUCCAAACCAGCUUAAAUUAAAGUAGGACUGCCUAAUUAAAACAGCAGAGAAGUGUAGAACUCAAUUAUUAACUUACUAAUCCAGUCAUGUAGAGUGUUGACAUGUGUAUUAACCUGGUUUUUAGCUCAUCGUUUGUUUUAAUUAAUUUUUGAAAGUUUAAAAAUAAUUGCUUUAAGCGUUUUUUUAACUUUAUGGUCUUAUUCUUUUCGUAAACGUCUUUUAGGUUUUACUGUAAUCAAGCAAUAUAGAAAUCUUGUGAAUUAAACAAAACGGAGCGUGACGUGGGAGUGUGUGAACAUGAGAGUUAUUCAUGUGUUGCCAAACCAUAGUCGGGAAUAAACACGUGAAUCAACUGGUUGGGGUUAUUUUGUUUUUUUAAUAACAUUGAUGCUAUUGUGUUCCUAAUUAAUGGGAAUUCCACAAUAGGAACAUUUGCAGAAUGCCAUGUAGUUUAUUGUAUUGUUGUGGAAUACUCUGGCAAAGAACGAUUUUUGAUUAUUGUUGUUGUUUUUCGAAACAGCAUUUUAGCUUGGAUGCAAGUGACUUAUUAACUCCUUUUAUAUUCAAUCAGAACCCCUAAGACCUCAGUGAAGGGGGCUGAGCAAAAUAGAAAGAAGCCCUCAGAGAGCAGAGUGUCUAACAAGGCCCUUUCAGGUGUGUAAAAAUAAAAAGUGUGCUUGGAUCUUAUUUAACAAAGAAAAGAGUAAGUUGUUCAUAUAAAGAGGCUUAAGUAGCAUACGUUUCUGCAGUUGCUGCACCAGCUAUGCUCUAGCUCUGCUAUACUAACCCUGACUGAAAUUAAUGCAAAGCAUAGUUGUGAUCACCCAACUGCAUGAAUACAAUAGAUUCAUUUUAGUCCACUUGCACACUCCAGCAUAAUCACACUUGGAAAAGCUUCAGAUACAGAGCAUUCCUAAUUUUUUUAAUGGUAUGUAUUCCUGUUUUGCAUAGAUAACCUAGAUAACCUGCAAUUAAUACUCUUGGGGUGCCUGAAUACUAUUGUGCUUUAAAAUAAAUAAACUUCCUGGCUGAAACACAUGUACACUCCUCACUUACAUUAUUGUGCAUGAUUGCUCCAUAUGUAAAUAUAUAUUGUUCCAUAAAUAUACACAUGUAUAUUUAUAAAUAUAUAUGUGUAUGUGUGUGUAUAUAUAAUAUGGUAAGUAAAAAGUAUUGUUUUACCAUAUAUUCUACUAAUGAUGCUGUGCAUGCCUAUUGUUUUUGAGGUCCUGUAGACUGAAGAGUUUAAAGAGGUAAAUUUUUAUCUGCAAAAAAGGAGGGUAAAAUAAUGCAGAAAGAAUCCUCCCGCUUUUUCCAUUGCGGCUAGCUUAUUCUGUUUUCACAGUCGUGCCGUGAAUACCUUGCGUCAGGUAUUCAUCCUGACAAUUUAAGAAGCUAUUCAUCCUCUUAAAACACGAAUUUUACUUAUUUCAGCUAUUUAUAUCCUCCCUUAGUUGAAGGUUCUCAGGUUAGCUCUUCCGUAAGGAACAAUGGGCACCAAUGGAAGCAGGAAUACAAAGACCGGCGGUAAAUCAAACCAGCUUGUCACAGUUCCCAAACGCUAUAGGAAGCAGUUGUGCAUUUGAAUAAUGGUGUAUCGGGCGCAGAAAUGGACGAGGACUCUGCCAGUAACAGGAGAGGCCCACCUGUUGUCACCUGUGCCACCCAUUCCUUCCUCUCCCCCGUCCUGAGGCUCCUGCCUCCUUGGAUGGGAGAGAGGUAGCAAAGGACAUGGGCUGGCGUUGUGCCCUCUGAGUAUUUGAAUAAACACUUGAUAAAUGCCACUGAUUUAGUGCUUUGUCCAAUGCUGGUCCUGUGGCAAACAGAUAGGUAUAGAAAGCAUUCCUUAGUGGUAGAAAAGCCCAAGAUCACUGAAUUGCACCAUAUGCUACUGUCAUUUCCUCCACUUUGAGCAUUGCACGUAGUUCUCCAUCGUUUGUUUUGAAAUCUUUUAAUCGUGCAAUAAUAAUUAUUUUAUUUCUUACGUGCAUUUCUUUUCCACUUCCGUAGUUGAAAGCUGAUCAUCGUUUGUCUUUCUGAAAAUUAGACCUAUAGGCUUAACAUGCACAAAUGAUCCAAACCUGUGGGUAUAUUAGGAUCAUUUCAAGCCCCCACCCCCCCACCUGGACUUGGAAGUUCACUGGGUAAUCUUGGGCCAGUCACUGCCUCUCAGAGCCGAACCUGCCUCACAGGAUUGUUGUGACGAUUAAAUGUUGGGGUGGGGGGGGGGAGGACUGCGUGCACCAAAGACCAAAAUAGCUGAAUCAAGGCCCAAACAACCAUACAAGCAGCCAGUCAUCCAGUUCAUCCUGCCUGAUUGAGCAUCCAAGCCCAAGUGAGGAAAUAACUCCUCCCCUGGGAGAGACCAACUCUAGUCUCUUCUUCCAAACUGAAGGAUGGGGCAAACACGUCCCUGCCAAGCACAAGAAUGCUGGUGUUCCAAGUGAAGCAAAAGUCAAUUUUUCUUAGUGAAUUUUGUUUUCCAGGACGUAGCAUGUGUGACACUUCCUCCUAAAAGGUCACAGGGGUUUUGAAUAAUUUUACACAGAUCACAAACUCAUGCUCUCUUUUUACUCAUGUGCGCUUCCAAUGUUUUGAUCCAUCUGCUGUUGCCUGAGCUUUCUGCUAUUUCAAGACUCUGCAGUUAGAAUUUAAACAAAGGAAUAUUUCUGGAUUUUAGAUACUUUUUAUGGCUCUUAUCAGGUGUGUUUUCUGCACUUAAUGUGAAGGCGUGGAUUUCCAAUGCAGUCAUACCUUGGAUCCUGAACACCCUGCAACUCAGAUGUUAUGGCUCCUGAACACCAUAAACCCAGAAGUGAUUGUUCCACUUUGCGAACGUUCUUUUGGAACCCGAACAUCCAGCAGGGCUUCCGUGGCUUCUGGUUGGCUGCAGGAGCUUCCUGCAGCCAAUCAAAAGCCUCGACUUGGUUUUCAGAUGUUUUGGAAGUCGAAUGGACUUCCGGAACGGAUUCCAUUCGACUUCCAAGGUACGGCUGUACUAUGGAUAUAGAAGGCUGUUGCCCGUUCCAUCUGAUAAAGCCUUCUUGGUGUGGACCUGUCCUGCUUACUUGAAGUUCAGUUAUUGAGCGCUGAAGCAGCUGCUACUUACAACUGACAACAGAAGAAACUGAAAAAUGGCUCUUCAGUAUUGAUAACUAUUUUUUGCCAUGCAUUUAUGCACAGCGUGGUUAGUUUUCACAUAACUUUUUGAAGGUGUUUAUACAAUUACAGUUUUGAAAUGCAGAUUUAUAAAGGGAUAGUUCAUCUGCGUCGGCAUUAUUACUGCUUGCUUAUAACACGCAGUAGGCAUUUUAAAUAAGUAACACUUCAGUUAAAAAAUGUUCUUUCCUCUUUGCUUUUAGGAGUAUAUGCCGGAAAAACCCAAAGAAAGAAGCCAAAUGUUGUGACAACUUAAGAAGGCAGCAUUCUCUUGGCUAAGCGGUUGAUCUGUCUGUAAAUGUUCUCCACUGGUUCUGGUCUUCCUGCUGUCACACAUGAUGCUUUGAAUCAGCAAGGAUACGUUUUGUGAUACGAGAUUUCUCAGAGAUAGUUGCCAGAAUGAAAAGCGAACUGGACAGCACAACAAACUUGAAGAAGCAUUUAUCCUGCAUGUUUCAACCCUCUCAUGUAUCCAUUAACUUAUACUCAAAACUGUAAUCUACAUUGUGCAUCCUCAGGAAAAUAUGUAUGUGGUGAUUCUUAGGAGAACAUUUUUGCAGACUUGAACCUGUGCUGCACUCUUUAUAGUGCAGCAAAUGAACUCAAAAUGGCAGUUUGUACAUUCUGCAUUAACAGUUGUCUAUAUCGUUCUGUAUAUUUAAUUAAACAUUCAGCUUCAGCUGUGUUGAUUGUCUUUGGCAGCUGCCAUGCUUUUAACCAUGCAUAGCCUUGCCUCAAGUCUAAGCCACUUUGGCCCCACUGAAAGUCAGUGAGGCAAAUUUUGGCCUUUCAUUGCAGCAAGAAGUGUCAAGCAUUUCUGGUGGCUGGCACUGUUAGCUUUGCAGCAUAAAUACAGGUUGCUGCUUUCACCUGCCAUGGUAAAUUGGAUUUUUGUAGUAGGCAAAUUUGAAUGUGCAGUCAGCACCCCCAUCAAAGCUUUGAAUUGCCAGUUUCCCUCCCUAAAUACGAAGAGGACAAAAGUGUAUAUAAAAUAUAGUAACAACAGUUAUUUAGGAGGCUUCUUUUGCUACUACACGUUUGUCUUUUGUAUAUAUAUUUUUCUCUAAAUGAAAGGUUUUGGAUUUUUUUUAUGAAGAAAAUGAUACUCUUUCCUCCCAUUUGGGGGACAGGAUUGUAGCAAACUCCUUUUGGUUUCUGAGGGCUAAUCCUCCAAGAAAUUCUGCUCUUGCUGUUACUGAGGAAUAAGAAAUAUUUGUAAGAAUAAUGAGUGAAUUUUGCAACUUGGCUUUGGCCUUAAAUCCAGCUGGAUUCCCAGAAAGUGAAAUUCUUACAUUACCAAAGCCAUGUCUGAAAAAGGGACAUAUUUAUGUAAGUUAUUUGUACUUGCGGUUUUAGACACGAGAUGAAUUAUUUAGAUCUUGGUGUGACUAUGAUAUGCCGAAUCAAAUGCAGUCAUGUUGAGAAAUGUAUCGAUCUAAUCUGCCAACUGGCAUUAGAUAAUUGUGCUAUAGCUUAUUCAGUGCACAGAGAACUAUUAAACUUGAUUAUAUGAUAUUGAAUUGGUAUUAAUAUUAUGUUAAAUAUUCAGCGCUUCAGAUCUGGCACUACAGUUCUGGCUCAAAAUAUUAUUCAACAUAAAUUGAAAAAGGGUUAAAUUAACAAUUGGGGGUGACUUUACAUACACACAUCUAUUUAUUCAUAUGGGGAUGGGUGUAAACCUAUUCAUUAGCUGUAUCUUCUAAUGCUCUUCUAUAUCAUGCAGUAUUUUAAACUGAUCUUGUUGGAGAGGCAACCAUUUUGAUUCAAGAGGAUGUGGUGGUGGCGUAGCCAACUGCUCAGCAGUCCUCCAAGCACAGCCUUGUCUCUUGCAGGCUACCUGUUAAAAGGUUCCUUUUGGUUAAUUUACGCAGUGCAAUGCAAACACUUCUAAUUUAUUAGAUUUCUAAGUAGUUCUUAGAGCUUACUUUUGGCUCAUAAAACUUUUGCAUGACUUGAAUGUUUUUUAAGAGGAGGGGGGGAAUAGCAUAAGACUUGACAAGCUAAAUGAAUUUUAAGAUUUGCAGAUGUUGCCUUGUAGAUUAGAAAUACACUACCGUUUAAUAGAUAUGCCAGUGCUAAUUUUUUUUUUGCUAGAACUUGUUCGUUGUGUGCUGUGAUGUUAAUUCAGAAGUAAAAAUUCUGUAAAUAGAAGUAAGUUUUAACAUAAAAAGUACAGAUCAAUUGUUACUUUGUUCAGAUACUCUAAGUACACUUUUUAUUUUUAUUUUAUUUUUUAUUAUUUUAAAGUCAACUAAAAUGUAAAUGUUUCACCUGUCAUUAGGCCUUCUAUUUACAAGUGCCAGGAUCGCUUUUGUAAUUUGAUAUAUUUUAUAUUUAUUUAUUAUAUUAAUUUUCAGUUCACUUUUUUAUUUUGAGUGGAAUGCAAUAUUAUAAAAUGUAUUUUUGUACUUUUCCUUUUCACCCGUUUUGCUUUUUUCCCCCUUAAGCAUAUUGCACAAUAAAACUUUUUUUUAUCUUUAAA